AUGGUGAACGCCGUGAAGUCUUCAAGAAAAACCGCCCCCAAUGACAAAGUGCAUGGGGCAGAUUCAGUAACCAAGAUUGUAUACCAUGCGGGUGAAACAGAAGAAAAUUUUUAUUUCUUUUAUUUCUUGCCAGCAGCGCUAAUUUUGAUCUCCAUGUUGAUCAGUGGAAGUGUAUAUCAAAGGUGUGUUUUCGAUGGUAAGAUCACCGUCUACCUAGGUCGCCGCGAUUUCGUGGACAACACCACCUCGACCGAACCUGUUGAUGGAGUCAUAGUCUGCGACAAUGACUACCUCCCGGGCCGCAAGGUCUUCGCCGCCGUUACGGUCACGUACCGUUUCGGUCGCGAGGAGGACGAAGUCAUGGGCGUCAACUUCAGUAAGGUGAUGCAGCUGACCACCCAGCAGGUGUACCCGAGCACUGACUCCCGCGAGCCCACAGCCGUCCAGGAGCGCCUCGUGAAGAAGCUCGGCGCCAACGCCUACCCCUUCGUCGUGACUCUUCCCGACACCGCCCCCUGCUCCGUCCAGCUCCACUCUGGCGACGAUGAGACGAGCAAACCCCUCGGCGUCAUCUACGAGCUCUCCGUCUUCGUGGGCGACAACUCCAACGAGAGGCCCCACAAGCGCAACUCCGUCACCCUCGCCGUCAGGAAGGUGCAGUACUCCCCUAUCUCGGGUACCUCGCGCCACCCCAGCACCCUCGUGUCCAAGGGCUUCGCUCUCUCCUCCGGCAAGGUCAACAUGGAGGUGACGCUCGACAAGGAGCUCUACUACCACGGGGACCAAGUGACCGCCACCCUCAACAUCAACAACGGCAGCAAGAAGACCGUGAAGAGCAUCAAGUGUUCCAUCAUCCAGCACGUCGAAGUCACCAUGACCAACAGCCACUUCACCCGCGAGGUGGCUUCUCUUGAAUCGAAGGAGGGCUGCCGCCUGGAACCUGCAGAAAGACCUUUAACCUCACUCCUCUCGCCUCGUCCAACAAGAGCAAAGUCGGCAUUGCUCUCGACGGCAAGCUGA